AUGCAUUCAAAAUGGCUUUUAGCCGCGGCACUUGCCGCUCAAACAUGCGGUGCAGCUGUAUCAGCUGCUCGGGAUGAUGAUGCGCAAUGUACGCAAACAACGGUCGCGAUUCUUGGUGGUGGAAUGGCUGGUGUUGCUGCAGCACAAGCUCUUUCAAACUCCUCCAUUGAUGAUUUCGUUAUCAUCGAGUAUCAAGAUAAACUUGGAGGCCGUGUUCACCACACGACUUUUGGCAAGGACAAAAAUGGGGAUCCGUAUACGGUCGAAUUAGGUGCUAACUGGGUGCAAGGACUGGGAUCCCCCGGUGGUCCAGAGAAUCCAAUAUGGACCCUUGCAAAGAAAUGGGGUUUGAAUAACACCUACUCGAAUUACAGCUCAAUCCUCACCUACAACGAGACUGGCUAUACAGACUUCUCUGCCGUCCUGGAUGAGUAUGAAAACAAAUUUGAGACAGCGUCCGAUCUCGCUGGUACCAUCUUGAAAGAGAACCACCAAGAUAUGACUGUCCGCUCUGGUCUUUCUUUAGCCGACUGGAAGCCCAAGCGUGAUGAUAUGACUGCCCAGGCUGUGGAGUGGUGGGAGUGGGACUGGGAGGAUGCCUACUCCCCCGAGCAGAGCUCUCUUGUUUUCGGCGUUGCCGGUAGCAACCUCACCUUCAACCAAUUCAGCGACGAGAACAACUACGUUUGGGACCAGCGUGGUUUCAACCGCAUCAUCGUAGGCGAGGCUUCAACCUUCCUUAAAAAGAACGAUCCACGCGUUCACCUCAAUUCCAAAGUAACUAAGGUCAAGUACUCCGACGAUGGGGUGAUAAUCUACAAGGAUGAUGGCAGCUGCGUGUCGGCCGCUUACGCGGUCUGCACCUUUUCACUCGGAGUCCUCCAGAGCGAAACCGUCUCCUUCACCCCAACCCUUCCGGACUGGAAGAAGACCUCAAUCGAAAAAUUCAGCAUGGGAACAUACACCAAAAUCUUUCUUCAAUUCAACGAGACAUUCUGGCCUAACGACACUCAAUACUUUCUCUACGCCUCCCCAACCACCCGCGGCUCCUACCCCGUCUGGCAAUCCCUCUCAGCACCGGGCUUCAUCCCAGACUCAAACAUCAUUUUCGUCACACUCGUCCACGAACAAGCUUACCGUGCCGAGCGACAGACAGACGAACAAACCAAAGACGAAGUCAUGCAAGUUUUGCGCGAAAUGUAUCCCGACAUCACCGUACCUGAGCCAACCGCAUUCAUGUACCCGCGCUGGAGUACCACACCCUGGGCAUACGGUAGUUAUUCGAACUGGCCGCCAUCUACCACGCUAGAGAUGCAUGAGAAUUUCCGUGCCAAUUUGAACCGCCUCUGGUUUGCGGGAGAAGCUACUAGUGCACAAUACUUUGGAUUCUUGCAUGGCGCUUGGUUCGAGGGUCGGAAUGCUGGAGAGCAGAUUGCUGCGCUGUUGCAGGACCAGUGUACUAAUUUUACGGACACGAGUAAGGCUUGUGGCAACCUUCGUCAUUAUGAGGCACUGUAUGGAUCUUCGCCGUUGGCGGAUUAUAGUGUUUUUGAUGGAUGGUCGGUUAGUAGUUUCUACUCGAGUGGUUAA